GACAAAAGUGGGACACCUGUCCAAAUAGAAUCCAAUGUGAAACUCAUUUUUUAUUUCAAUGUGUGUUUUAUUAUGAAAAUCAUCUGAACAACUUUCUAUCAUCCCAAAGCCAUGCAUAUGACUUAUGUGAGGGUGUGAUUAAUCUAGGCUUAUUAAUCUUCUAGGCAAUUUUAUUUUCCAGGAUAGCAACAUCCAUACAAGCUUCAAAUUUGUUUAGGUGUUAUCUUUUGACUCACUGUUUUGGUCUUCUGUCUUUUUUAAAUCAUUCAGAAAAUUUGAAUAAUAUGAGGGAGAAGAAGCUUCCAUUAGAAAAACCUCAAAAUUUCCUUCUAAUCCCACCUGCUAUGGACCAUAACCAAUGGGGACUUGCCACGUGGAGAUUUUUGUCCUUGACAGUCUGGAAACAUAUAACAUCCGUAGAUGGAGGGGGGGUCAAUGUUUCAACUGCUUUGAAAAAACAAACAUUACUUGGUCGAAAAACAACUCACUACUCUCUAUUUAUAUGCAUCUGUUUUCAAUAUAUAUGACCCAAAAAACAUAAGCAAUUCAAUUGAGUUCUUGACAUGGCUUUGGCAAUGAAACAUUUGAUCUUCUUUGCCAUUGCAAUCCUUGUGGUCUCUCAAGCCACAGAGGCCAAGAAGCUCAAGCAAACCCAGGUUGAGUUCUACAUGCAUGACACGGUGGGUGGUCCGAACCCUUCUGCAGUUAGGGUAGCCGGCCGGUCCAACUUUACUAGCUCAAACCCUAUUGCAGCCAUGUUUGGAUCCAUCUACAUGAUGGACAACCCGCUCACUAUCACUCCUGCUCUAAACUCAACCGUGAUGGGCCGUGCUCAGGGCAUUUAUGGUAUGUCAUCUCAGCACGAUGAGCUUAGCCUUCUGAUGACGCUUACUUACAACUUCAUUACCGGUCCCUACAAUGGAAGCUCAUUCAGUGUCAUUGGUCGGAAUCCAAUCGCAAGUGAGGUUAGGGAAAUGCCAGUCGUUGGAGGCACGGGAAUGUUCAGGCUAGCUCGCGGAUACUGCUUAGCCAAGACAUAUUCGACGAACCAAAUGGAUGCAAUUAUUGGAUACAAUGUUACCUUGUUACACUAUUAAAAGCAGAGGCACUUGAUUUUUAUAUAUACUAGCGAGCGAUGUACUUGUAAUUUUAUAUGUAAAAUUUUAGUCGACAAAAUUUUAGUCGACUGGAUGAAUAAUAAAGAUGAGUUGAAUUUGUAACCA